AUUUUUCGGUAUGUACGGAUUAUCUAAGCGAGCAUUUUAGCUUUAUUAAGGAUGAGGUUAAUAAUGAAGUCAUGACAGUUACUGAAUUGCAUCGUGGUUUGGAGGAGAAGUUCGAUCUGUUUUGUUCUGCCACAACAUUUGAAAGCAUAUUAGCAUGCUUCUAUGAACUGUGUGAUGGUGCUGUCUCCAAGCCUACGAAACAAUCUUGGAAUAUAUUUCAUGAGCUGAGUGUUAACCUUAAAUCAUACUGGAAGGCUGCUGGAUUGUUUUCAAAAUUGGAAAAACGUGUUAAAAUGAAGCAGUAUCAUCAUCAGACUUUAUGUAGAGAUGUGAAUGUGCUUGUCAUUGGUUGUGGACCAUGUGGUAUGAGAUGUGCAAUUGAAUUAGCAUUACUUGGUGCUCGAGUUAUCAUUAUCGAAAAACGUCACACAUUUUCAAGAAAUAAUGUGCUACAUUUAUGGCCUUAUCUUAUUGAAGAUUUAAAAGCAUUGGGAGCAAAAACAUUUUUUGGAAAAUUUUGUGCUGGUUCGAUUGAUCACAUUAGUAUACGAACACUUCAGUGUAUUUUGUUAAAAGUUGCUUUAUUAUUUGGUGUGCAAGUAUUUCCUGGUGUCACUUAUACAUCAUUAAUUGAACCAAGUCCAAGUAAAGAUUUACCUGUAUUCUUUCAUGAUUCCAAAUUGAAUACAAAAUCAUUGAAUAUUCCUAAUCGAAAUGGUUUAUUAAAUCAUAAUCAUGAAAAAAACUAUGUAAAUAUUGAGCAUAUGACUGACAAUAAUAUUAAUACAAUCAAUAAUUUUAUCAAUAAAUCUAAUGGUAAUCAUCAACAUCAUCGUCAUCGUCAUCAUUCUCCGUUACAACGUAAAGAUCCAAAUGUCACAGACUAUUAUACAAAUAUUGAUAAAGAAAAUAAAGAAUAUUAUCAAGAAAAUGUUAAACGAUUUGGUUGGCGAGCUAAAUUAAAACCGGAAUUAUGUGCAUUGAGAAAUUUUCAUUUUGAUGUUUUAAUCGCUGCUGAUGGUAAACGUAGUUGUUUAGGUUUUCCAUGUAAAGAACUACGUUGUCGUUUAGCUAUCGCAAUUACAGUGAAUUUUGUCAAUUAUCAUACACCAGCUGAAGCACAAGUUGAAGAGAUUAGCGGUGUUGCUCGUAUCUUUAAUCAAUCAUUUUUUUCACGUUUAGCCACAGAUACUGGUAUUGAUUUGGAGAAUAUUGUUUAUUAUAAAGAUGAGACGCAUUAUUUUGUUAUGACAGCUAAAAAGCAUAGUCUUUUAGCAAAAGGUGUAUUAAAACAAGAUCGAGAAGAUUCAAUUAGUUUAUUAAGUAAAAACAAUGUGGAUAAGAAAGCUUUACAAGCCUAUGCAAGAGAAACUGCUUCUUAUGUAACUAAUGGAGCAUUGACACGUUUAGAUUUUGCAUUGAAUUCAUACGGUGAACCAGAUGUGGAUAUAUUUGAUUUUACACGAAUGUUUGCAGCGGAAUAUUCAUGUAAUAUAUUGGAAAAAAAUCGUUGUCUUUUACUACAAUGUCUUAUUGGUGAUGGAUUAUAUGAACCAUUUUGGCCUACUGGUAGUGGCUGUGCAUUGGGCUUUAUGUCUGCACUUGACGCUGCCUGGUCAGUGUCAUUGCUUGCGUCUGGUAUGCAUCCAUUGAAAGUGAUUGCAAAACGUGAAUCAGUUUAUCAACAUUUAAGUCAAACAACUGCACAGAAUAUGCCAAUAAAUUAUCAUGAUUAUACAUUGGAUCCUAUGACAAGGUAUCAACGUUGCGAUUUAAAUCUUAUCAGUCCAAGACAAGUGAAUCAUUUGUAUAUAAAAGAUAUUAAUGUACAUGAAGAUAUUUUAUCGCCAAGAAAUGGUAUCGAUUCUCCAUUAUCAACUCAAGCUGCAAUACAUAAAUACUGGUUAAAACCAGAGCAUUUUGAACAGAGAAAUUUCUAUUUAAAUCCUGUCGAAAGUACUCUCCUUCGAUGGUUUCAAAUUCGAUUAAGUUCAUAUUUGCAUUGUGGUCUGAUUGAUCCAGUCAAUGAUUUAACUGCAUCCAAUUGGAUAUGUGGACGUAAUCUUCUAUGUUUGAUACAUCGUUAUCAUCCUGAAUUAUUACCGGAUUUGAUUAAUCGACUGGAACUUGAUAAAAUGGAUUAUAAUAUUGAUGAAAGUAACAGAAGACGACGACGACGAUCGGAUGAUCAAACAAAUAAUUCACGAUUAACACAUGCUUGUAGUUUAUUAUCUGAGCAUUUUUCAAUUAAUUUCAAUUUAAAAUCAGAUUCUUAUAUGAUUCAUCCUAUUCAACAUUGUCAUACUAUUGGGUAUAAGCAGAAAAAAUCAAUAAUCUGUCCUAAGUCCAAUUCUGAUUGGAUAAUUUAUUUGUAUCAUGUUUAUCAUGUGUUUAGUCAAUUGAAAUUGCCUAUGUUUGCACCAUCCAUCGUAUCAGCUCCUUUAAUAAAAAAGUCAUCUAGUGUCACUGAUGUACAUAAAAAACGUCUACCAAUCUGUUCUUCAUCGGAUCAAGUUAAUUUGCAUAAAACAAGUGUACCCAAUGGUUGUAUAUCACAUUCACAAUGUAAUGAUAAUAAUAUUAACAAAUUUGUAAAUGGUCAAUUAUCAACACAUGUCAAUCAUACAUCACGUUCACGUUCUCAUAGAGAAAAUUUAAAUGGUAUUGUUGAACGUGGACUUACAACAAAACGUAGAGAAGAAUUAGUUACUAUGUUAUGUGCUCGUCCAACUCCUUCAGUCAAUAAAUAUUCGCCAACAUUAUUAAAUAAAAAGUAUGCAGUUGACGAAACCAACAAUAAAACGGAAUUAUUAAAUAAGAAUUUCACUGAUCAAUUGUUGAAACAAAAACACCAUGAUCAUCAACAAUCCCAUCCACAACCGCAACAACGUCGACCUGUACGCAUUGAAAAUCUGGUAAAACGUUCACCUUCUUCACAAAUACGAAUUCCAGAAAAUGUGGCUCGUUUAUUUGGUCCACGCAAGGGUAGUUCCUAUUGUUAUAUAUGUCAAAAACGUUUAUAUCAGUUAGACCGUGUACGAGUCUCUGGUUAUUAUUUGCAUAAAGAUUGUUUACGAUGUUCUACUUGUAAUAAUCUUCUAAAUAAAGAUUCAGUGAAAUGUGUCAACUCGACGAGAACUAAUGAAAAAGCUUCAUUUUAUUGUCAUUUACAUAUGCCAUUGGAAAAUGGACUUGAUGAAUGUAAGAUGGAUUCAAUUGAAUCACGAAACACUAAAUCUCAAGCUUCUUUAAAAGCUCGACUACUAGCUGGUCAAUUUCCAUUUGGACCAUCAUCAAUCAAAGAUGAUCAUUUAAUGAAUGGUGAAAAUACUUCUAUAAAAUUGAAUGGUUUAAAGACUAAUAUGCUAAAUAAUCAUCAUACACGAUCCGAUUUACAAAUUCAUCGUGAAAAUGCAUUGAAUACUUGUAAUUAUAAAAAAGUUGACAAAUUACCACCAAUUCAAGGUAGCACUGAUAUUCCUACCGGUGCUGGUGGUGGUAGAUCGGCUAUUUUAGCUGGUUUAAACGAUGAUUCAGAUCAAGUAAUGGGUAUUGUCAAUAUAUCCAAACCAUUUGACAUACUUUCACGUAAUUAUCAUCAUAUAUUGAAUGAUUCGAAAUCAUCAACAAAUCGUAGUAGUGAUAAUAAUAAUAAUAAUAAUGGUAAUAAUAUUCGUCCCCGUACAAAACGAAAGAAAUUUAACAAAGAAUCUGAUAGUGAUGCUUCAGGUGAUUAUGUUGGAGUACAUCAAUUGUCUUUAUCACCGCAUAAAUCUAUAGGUAUUCGUGAUGAAUAUGCACCUGGACCAGAUUGUUAUCUUACAGGACAUUUAGGUCUGCCAGAAGUGGUACGUAGAGCUAAUGUAGAAUUGAAUACAUCGACCAUUUGGCCUGAAUCCACCAUUAGUCAUGUAGUGGAUCAAAUGAGGAGCAAUCGUAUGAAUCUACUUGGCACAGAUGAGUAUUUUGCGUCAAGUGAGUCAGAAUCGCAAGUUCCAUUAUCAUACGAACAGAAGAUUUAUUCACCAGAAAUAAAUGCGCGUGAUUCUACCCGGAAAAUAAAUCUUGAGGGUGCAGACUUAGGGAUUUCCAACUCAACUCCAGUUACUCUUUCUCCAGACAAUCCCCAGUAUUUUAAAUUCACUGGGCAUUCUGAUUCACAAAAACCAAUAGAAGCGAGUAUAAGUGAUCCUUCUUUAUGCACGGACAAUUUGAAUAAUCAGUCUAAAAUCCCUCCACUAUUUUCAUCUCCAUCUCAUCAGUCACGCUUAGCUGCAAAACAACGUUUCUGUCUAGAACCUCCCAAACCUUUAACAAUUGAUCCUUUACGAUUCAUUGGUUCAAGGAAUCAAGAACGAACGCUUAUAUGUGCAUUGGAUGAUUGUUCUGAAGCUGUAGAACCUAUUAAAAGCCCAAUCAUAUCUACGGCACUCAUAUGGCCGAUAUGUAACACAGAAGAACUCAAGUCAGUGGACUUACCAUCCAAAGUGUUAUAUGAAGAACUAUCAACUCAUUCUCCACAUAGAUUCGACAAAGCCACAACAGAUUAUGAAAACAGCACUUAUGAGAGUGACUCUGGAGACUGGCUUAGCGGUGAUGCUUGUAAAUACACAAAAAUUGAAGGAGUACCAUUAGCUACUCCUGAAGAUGUUAAAGAUGCAGAUUCUUCAAGUAUUCUUAAUGAACCACGUUUUUACGAGACAAUCACACCAAAACACUUCAAUCGUUCCUCAUCGUUACAUUGCCGUCCUCCAAAUGAUUAUCAGUUCAUAUCUAUAACUAGGAAAAAAAAAUCAAGUGUUCGCAUCAGUAGUUGGAAUUCCGAUGCAUCUAUUUCUAAUCCCCCAUCAGUUAUUCAAACAUCAAUGAGUUCACCUUUAAUUCGAUCUACCGAACAUCUUAGCUGGGCUAAAAUCAAACAGAUUACAGUUAAGGAAGAAUUCCAAACUACACACCUCUCAAAAUCACCCAGUCUAGCUAAAUUAUGUGGCAAACAAAAGCAACAACUAUGCAGUGAGUUAGAUGAUAGGUACGAACGAGAAUAUUUCAUUGAUCCAAAGAUGCUUGUUAAAAGUUUCAGUUCAUGGGGUCCAUUUGAUAAUCAAGAUACAUCUAGUACAAGUAGUGCAGAUCUUGCUUCACAACCCAUAAUUCUACCGAAACCUAAGAGUAUUCAACAAUCUAGUGAAAAAUCUUAUGACAUUAAAAUUAAUACUCGAGAUGGCGGUCCAAAUCUAAAUUUGUUGAAGUCUCAUAAAACGACUGAUCUCAUUCAAUCUCAUCCAAACAAUGGAUAUAAAUCUGUAGACAAGAUGGAUUCAAAUCCUUUGAGGAUUGUAUAUCAAACGAAACAAAUUGAUAAUGCAACAAUUUACCCUCACGUUAUUCCGGUUAUGUCUGAAAGUCCUAUUAACUUGAAAACUUCCCUAAAUCAAACAAUUGAACGCAAUCCUAAAACAAUAUCUAGGAGACGUUCUACAGUAAGCCCAGAUAGUGAAGGCGUAUAUGUGUUUCGAAUCGGUGGAGAACCAGGAACAGAUAAUGCAUCCAACUUGAAACCUGCAGUUAAUCAAAUGCGCGCCAAAAUGAAUAUUCCGAAGCGCGCAAGUGAGAAAACAAUUAUCAUGAGCAAGGAUACAGGUGGAAGUGACAGAGUUUCAGUUUGACUCAUUUACGACUAAAGGACAAUGCUUUUGAACUCCGAAUUAUGCUUUCAAUUUAGUAGACCUGAGCGCUUUCUGAACACUCUAGUCCAUUAUUUUCGGACUGACUGAUAUUUCGUUAUGGAAGUUUUUUAACCAUGGUCGUUAUCUCUGUUUUAUUCAAUAUAUCUGAUUGGGCACUUUCGGAUGUAAACGAUCACGUUGGAAAACAUAUAGGAAGUGUUAUUACGACUGAUGCUAUUUCUUUCCUUUUUUUUAUUGUUGAGUGUAAUUCUUUUAUGCAAGUGCAUAUUAUAUAAUCAACUAAUCUUUUACAAUGUUUUUUGCUCAUUUAUAAAUUCUACUCAAUCUUCGACUAUGUAUUAUGUUUUUCAGUGAAAUGAUCAUCUAUGCUUUUAUUCCUGCAUAUUAAUUAGUAAUUAACUGUAUGUAUUCAAAUUAUGCAUAGAACAUAAAAUGAAUUACUUGUCAGUUG